AUGUGUCUUGAAAUGCAGAGCCCCACUUUUAUGGCAUUUUUCAUUGCUGUUGGAGAAGAGCAAGAGAAGGCAACAAAAGAGGCCAGGAAACUACUAAAAGUCGUAGAAGAACAAGGCCUUGGUGACAAGAAGUUCUUUGGUGGCGAUGAAAUUGGAUUGGUAGACUUGGCCUUUGGAUGGCUUGCUGGCUGGCUUGGAGUCAUUGAAGAAACAGUUGGUGUAAAAGUAUUGGAUGCAGAUGUGCUCCCACGCUUGCACACUUGGACUCAGAAUUUCAAGGAUCAUCCUGUGAUCAAGGAUAACCUUCCUGAUCACAAUGAGAUGUUGGCUUAUUACAAGCAGAAACUGGAAAUGUUUACUGCUUCAAAGACAGCUUGA